AUGGACUGUGCACCAAAGUCAAACCACAUAUACAGCUUAUACAAAUUUAAAUCGCGAAUUCAGCAAGAAGGAGAAGUCUUUGAACAAUUUGUAACAGAACUGAAAAUCCUUAUUAAGGACUGUGGCUAUCCAGACACAAUCAUUGACGAAGUGAUCAGAGAUCACAUAGUGUUUGAAAUACGCUCGCACAAGAUACGAGAAAAACUCAUAAGCGAAGGAUCGGGACUGACACUUGAAAAGUGCAUGGAUAUAGCACGGACUUAUGAGUUGAGUCAAACUCAGGUCAAGGACAUUAAUUGUCAAUCACAGUCAGUGAAUGCAGUCAGACGAAACCCAAUGUACAGGGCAGCGCAGAAGAAAACACGGAGUACAAUGCAACAGACUUAUUCCAGAAACCCCCAAGAUCGCCAACAGAGACCAUUUCAAGGGAAACAACAAGGUGGACAAUAUGAUACACAUAGGACUAGCAAUUUCUGUGAUAAUUGUGGGAAUUCAAAGCAUGGAUAUAAUGACAUGUGUCCCGCUAAAGGGAAAUUUUGUGAUUAUUGUACAAAACCCAAUCAUUUUGCCAAAGUAUGCAGAAGGAGAAAGCUUGACAACAACAAAAUCAAUGAGGUAACACAUUUUGAUACUACAUCUGAUCUUGAAUAUUCCUCCCUUGACACCCCUUCCCAUGAUGAUGAAUUCUAUGUCAAUACAGUUGAGCAUGAUCAUUUCGCAAAUCAAGCAUUUGCCACAAUCACAAUUGGUUCAACACAAAUUUCCAUGAAAAUUGAUAGCGGUGCAUAG